UGUUGUCAACUGAGGCUUUCGUGUUGUCAGUGUCCAUCUGCUGUGGGCAUAUUUACAAGUUAUGAUUUAGUUUUCCCCGAAAGCUGUCACUAAAUGAGCGUUUUUGAUUUAUUUCGCGGGUUCUUCGGAGUACCUGGAGGCCAUUAUCGUGGCCGAAGGGACCCCUUCUUCGAUGCCAUGACUCAUGACGACGAUGACGACGACGAGGAUGAAGAAGAUGGAUUCUACUAUGAUGGGUUCCGGGGGGACCAGCAGGACCCCUUUGACAGUGCCUGGAGAUUUGGCUUCAGCUUUGGCCCCGACGGGAUGAGGAUCCAGGAGCCUCCAGCGUUUGGCCACGUCCUCCGGGAGAUGGAGGAGAUAUUCUCCCAGCUGGGCCACUGGGAAGGACAGUCAGAGUCUGGACAAGCUGGUGUCCCCAGGGCCAUGCUGCCACCUCCUCAGGACAGAAGGGAGAGGGGUGAAAGGAGAUCCAGUGGGAACCCCCUGAGAGACUUAAUGCUCAAAUCCCAUGACGACGACCCACAAGGCCCUCAAGCAAGGUCAUCUGUAGAGCCUAGAAACGAUGGCCACCCUUCUCAUGAGUUUCCCAGCUCGCCAUUCUAUGGCUGGACCCCUUUCUCAAAGUUUAAUGAUAUUUGGAAAAACGGGCCACAGAAAGCUCCAGAGGAGGAGCGCAAAGAAGACAGAGAUCUGGACUCUGCUGUGUCCUCUGGGGGCCUGGAUCAGAUUCUGACACCACCUGCUGGUCAGGCACCGAACCAACCCCGGACGCGGUCAUUCUUCCAGUCAGUCACUGUCACCAAGGUGGUGAGACCUGACGGGACUGUAGAAGAGAGGCGAACAGUUCGAGACAGCCAAGGCAAAGAAGAGACCACAGUGACCCGCUCAGGAGGUUCUGGUAGCCUGGAGGGUCCAGACCAUCAAACUGGCCCUGUCGUACCAGAUGGCAGACGUCCGUUUUCAGACAUGCGGGAUGAUGACACAUUAUUCUCCAAGUUCUUUGGAGGGUUCAAAUAACAUGUAAAGUGAAGUAUACCCUCUGGAAUGGCUGAGCGUGGCUUUUGUUCAUUUUAGUCUAUGAGUGUUUCUCUGGAGCUGUGAGUUUGUGGAUUUGUAGGAUGUAUCAUAUAUGGACACAACACUUGCAUGACUUACAAUUGCCAAAAUGAAUGUGUUGGAUUCGAGUCUCUGGGCUGUUUGAAGGUGACACCGGGUUUUCCAACUGACCACAUACCUGUAGACUAGAAGCUGCCAAUCCUGAAAACUAGUUAUCUCGACAAAUUGAGACACAUCAGACGCCGAACAGUUCACAGUUACACAAUUUAUUUUUGAAUUGUCCUGUAGGAUAAGCUUGUAUGGAUGUGAGUGUGUGAUAUGUCAAAUAAAGAGUCUUAAUAUAUUUACAUA